GGGUUCGCGCUCCGAGCCGUGAUGGCUCGAGCAGCCGGAGCCGCGCCUCUCCCCGUGGCCAGAGCCACGCCGGGCCCAUGCUCCUCGCGACCCCUAGCCUCUCCCCGUGGCCAGAGCCACGCCGGGCCCAUGCUCCUCGCGACCCCUAGCCGCAUGCUGGAGCAUUGGACGAGCAGUCCUGUGCGGCCGGCCGGUGGCAAGGCUCUUGGGCCUUCGGGGCGUUGGAGGAGAGGGGAAGGGAGGUUGGGAACGGGAGGGUUCGAUGGAGGCGCACCUGGCCAUCUUGCUCUGCUCGGCGCCCGAAGAGUGUGAGGAAGGGAAGGAGGAUCAGGUGCUAUGGUCGAAGGUAGCGAGCCUCCUCCUGACUGUGGAGCUAUCGGUCCGCCGCGCCGCCGCUGCCGCCACUUUCGGCAUCCGCUAGGAAUUCAAGCGUAAGGAAGCAUCGAGGGAUGGCAAUGCUUGGAUCCUUUACCAGGGAAGAUUUUUCCUAGCUACAAGGUACAGUAAUAGAACACUAGGGGUGUGUUUAGAUCCCACAAAAUUUCCAAACUUUCCAUCACAUCCUCUAUCACAUCGAAACAUUAAAUAUAGUAAAUGACACAUGCAUGGAGUACUAAAUGUAGUUAAAUAAAAAACUAAUUGCAAUAGUUUUGAUGUACGUUGCGAGACGAAUCUUUUGAGCCUAGUUAGGUCAUGGUAGAAUAAUAUUUACCACAAACAAACAAAAAAUACUACAUUAUACUACAGUGACCAAUGUGACUUUUUCGCCCAACUUUUCCCCUAUCUAAACAUAGCCUAGAAAGUUCCCACAAAUCGAAUCGCAGCGUGCUCAGAAGCUAUGCGCGGAAGGCAGUGCUGGUCGGACGAUGCGGACCGCACCACGUAUAUCCAAUGGUUGAUAUUUUUUUUUACUGUCGUGGACGAAUAGCAUUGCGAGGAACGGUGCGUCUUUAAUAUAUAAGAAACAGGCAUUCAAUCAUCAUUGGGGCUUCGUUGGAAAGCGAGGAUUGCUUCCGGAUCUUUUCUUGUUCAAGUUCGGAAUUAGGGCUUCGUUGGAAAGUUCUUUGAUUGCUGCGAGAAUUCGGAUAGAUAUGGAGUUAAGUGGUUCUGAACUCUUGCUUUGCUGCUUCCACGCAAGGCAUCGUCGUGCCCACAGUUUUGCCGAGAAGACGCAGCGCGAGCAGCUCAUCGUCCUCCCCAAUCCGAUCCAGUUUCGUGGUACGCGACAAAGUUAACAGACUCGGAGUCGGAGGCCGCGCGAUUGCCACCCGAAUCACUCCAUGAUCCUAAUAAUCAUCUACUAGUACGCAGCGGCGGCGCCGCCCAUCCAUUGCUGAGUCCACUCCGCCCUCGUCGUCCCGGAUCCGUCACAAGGUUGCAACAGGUUGUUGGUCAGGAGUGCGUCGGCGGCGAUGGCGUCCCAGGACGGCGGCGCCGACGCGUGGGGCGGCGGGGACGACGGCAGCUCGCUCUUCGAGGGCAUGGUCCUCUUCGCGCCCGAGCCGGCCGCCGCCGAGGAGGCGGCCCCCGCCCCCGCCCCCGCCCCUGUUCCCGAACCCGAUCCCGCGCCGCGCCCCGACGCCGAUGCCGACGCCGGCGCAGCCGCCUCCUCCUCCGCGCCGCCGCCGCUCGACGAGGACCUCUUCUCCGAUCUCACCCUCCUCGCCCCGCAGGAGCCGCUCACGCUCGAGCAGCCGCCGCUCCCGCAGGGCGAGGAUCGGGGCCACGCGGCGCCGGCCGCGCUCGCCCUGGCGCCGUCGCCGUCGCCUGCCCCCGCCCCCGCUGCUGCUCUCUCCCGGCAGCCGUCCUCCUCGUCGCUCCGGAAGAAGAAGAGGGCCGUGCGCAUCGGGUACGGCCGCUCGCCCCAGCCCGCGCCGCCUUCGCCUCCCGCCACAGUUCGUUCCUCUACCGCUGCUACGUUCUCCGCUAGUAGUAUUGCCUUCCUGGAUGCUUCGCCGCAACCUGCCGCUCCUCCUACGCCUGACCAGUUCCCGGAGCAGCAAGUUGACGCCUAUGCUAACGGCGAUGAGGUAGACGCAGAGGUGGUGGUGGAUCCGGAUACCAAUCCUCCUCGUGAGGUAGAGGAGGAGGCGAAGGAGGAAGAUGAUCAGAAAGAGGAUGAAGUGGCUGGAGUCGCAGCAGCGGUCGGGAUCGAGGAGAGGUUGGCUCUUCUCAGAUCCCAAAUCUCCAGCAAGCUCGACUCCAUCCAGCAGAGGGCUGCUGCUGUGGUUGCCAGGAAGAGGCAGCUGGCAGGUCGGCGGAGGAAGGUGGCAGAGGAGGCGACUUCAGUGGCAUCCAGGCACAAGGAUUUGGAGAGGGAGCUGGAGGAGGCCUGCGAGGCCGAGGACUUUGAGAGGGCGGAGAGGAUCAGCGACUCCCUAGCUGCGCUUGAGAAGGAGAAGGAUCGGCUUCUGACAGCACUGCGUGAUGCGGAGCUCGACUAUGAUUCAGUGGAUUCAGAGCUGCAGGGUGUGCUCGAGGCGCGCAUUGCAGCAGAGGAGGAAGCUGCCAUUCUUCUGGAGCAGUUUGCAAAGGAUGCCACUGACCAUGCUGAUUCAGAGAGCAAGCAAGCAGAAGAAAUAUCCUCAAAAGAAAUAGAAGGGUGGCAAACAUCAAUGGAGUUGCUAGAAACAAAGAAGUUGGAGAUGGAGGUUGAAACACAAUUGGUUUUAGAAGCACGUUCAGGAUUGGAAGGCUCAAUAGAGCAUUUGGUUGUGGAAGACAAAUUAGAGAAAGAUACACUUAGCAAGAAAGGAGAAAUCCUUGCUGAGGAGUUAGCUGGGCUUCUAGAAUUGGUGAGGUUGAAAGAAGCAGAGAUAGCUGAAAACAAUGCCCGGAUCCAUGAGGUUCAAGAAAGAAUCAGUGACGUGGUCUCCAGAUUCCAUGGCUCUCAGUCUGAUAUUGACUUGAAGCUCAAUUCCUUGAAGGAAGCCCAAAGUAAAGUGGAUUUAGAGACUGAAGCACUUAUGUUGAAAAAGAAUGAAAUUGAUAGGUUCAUCUCUGUAACAGAACAGAAAGAUUCAGAGUUGAGGGAAAUUAUUGGUGCUUGUUCCUCUGAAGCUAAAACUUGCCAGCAAUCAGUUGAAAUAAGAAGAAAGCUUGCAUCAUCAAUUUUGAAGUCAAGGGAGGAUAGAAUUGGCUUGCUAAAAAUGGAGGAGGAAAUUUUGCAAGACAUUCAAAUGCUUAGGCAAAUAAUUACAGAUGCAAGAACUAGUCUUCAGGAGAUAUCUUCAAGGAGAACAAGCAUACAGCAAGAGAUGGAUUCAUUUAAGCAGAAGUUGAGUUUCAUUGACAAAAGGGGCCCUGAACUGGAGGCUGAAAAGAAAGUUGCGGCUGCUGCAAGAAACUUUAAGGAAGCAGGAAGGAUAGCUGCUGAGGCAAAAGCUCUUAAUUCUGAAAAGGAUGAACUGCACACUAAGUUGGACAAAGCUGCUACUGAUCUGGAGGUAAUAGAAAAGGAUAUUAUAGCAACUACUGACAAGAUACAGGAAUGUGAAGGGCUUAUUGUACAAAAGGAAAAGGACUCUGCUAUGACCAGUUACAAAAGACUCCGGUUAGAUUCUGCUGCUGCUAGAGCAGAAUUGACUGCUGCAACUGAAACGGAUGAUAAUGAAGAAGUUGAGAUACUACGCAAAGAAGCUGAAGCUGCGGAAUCUAAAGCAAUGGAACUCAAAGUAUACUAUGACCUCCAACUAAAGGAUGAUGAAUUCAUGUUUCAGCCUGUUGUCCCUAUAGCAUUCAUAACAAAUUCAACGGGGCAGCACUUGGUAGAAAUUGCUUCUUCAUUUGGCUUGUCUCCCUAAAAGUGAAUUGGACAGCAGACUUGCAUAGUACCAGGGCUGUCUAAUAUGCGGCGUACAAGUUUCUGUCAGCACCUGCACAUGUUGGCUGGAACAUCCUGUGGAGUGAACUCUCUCCCUCUUCCAGGCUGUCUUCCUCAAUGCCCCCUCUUUAACUCCAUUUGAAAUACCCUGAACUGGAGUAGGGGUCCUAGGGGGAUCAAGUGUACAACAUCCAUUUGCAUACUCUUUAGGAAUUUUGUUUCCCUAUGCAUUUUUGUGUACAUUAAACUGUAGUUCUUUUCUUGUGCCUGUCUCCAUUGAAUUACAGUAACAUGUAUCAAUCACUAUGUAAUCAGAAUUCUUUUUGAGAAAAGGGAUGUAAUUGGAAUAAGAUGUUCAGGAAUA